AUGGAUGACGAACAAGAUAAAAAGAAUUUAAAAAAAUGUUUCAAGGAUAUGAUUGAAGCUAUUCAUGAAACUAUUGAACAACUACGGCCCACUGAACAACAACUGCAAGCAUCGACAAUUGACAUUCAUUCGUUUACAUUAGAUAAAUCUGAGGAUACCGCUAUCGAUCUACUUAAGGUGAAACUUAUGGAAAUGCUUAAUAAUUAUGUAAGACGUCUAAGUGGAAUUUGUAGGAAUUAUCUAUUUAAAUUCCUUCAGCAAUAUGACUAUGAUGAAAAUAUGCGAAAUUUUACAAGUUCAUUCAAUAUGGAUACUCUUGACCCGUUUGCACGUGACCUAGAAGCUGCAUUAGCUUCAAUCGAUGCAUUUGCAGCAGCGUAUAAGGGAAGUAAAGACCCUGUAUUAGAAUUCUUAAACAAGUAUCCAACACUCAAAGAUAAACCUGGACUAUAUGGAACCACUCUAUUGUAUUCAGCAGCGAGAAAUAAUCAUGAAGUACUAGUGAGAUAUCUUAUUGAAUCAGCUCAGUGUGCUAUAAAUGCUCAAAAUCAACAACAACUUGAAGAUGUAUUACAAACACAUGUAGAAAGCACUUAUAAACAGAUAAAUCCAUCAUCCGGUUCAACAGCACUACAUGGUGCUUGUUACAAUGGACAUUUGAAAAUUGUUCAAUAUUUAAUUAAACGUGGUGCUGAUUAUUUCAUUCGAAAUCAAAUACAAGAAACACCCAUAAUGAAUGGACAAAGACACGGGAAUAUUCGUGAAUUCUUUGAAAAAUUUCUUAUUCUUGGUUAUUCUACCACAGCAAAAACAUUACCCGAAAAACCGAUUUCAGAACGACCAGAAAACAAUACAUUUGACUGUAUUUGGGAAUAUAAAUCAGUAUCAAAUCCUCAAUGGUCCCAAUUUUCAGAUGAUGAAUCAAAAGAAUUAAGUGAAGCAUUAAUCAUAUCACCUGAUGAAGAAAUGCAACGUACAAUCUACUUGGGUGUACCACCAAAUACUUUUAGCGUUUCAAUCGUUGACUUUGUACGAUCUGGUAUAAAUCGUGAUCCAAAUAAUCAACGUGCAUGGGUACGGUGUCGUGGUUCAUCAAUUUUCAAUUAUGACUGUUAUGCACGAUGGCAAAUAAUGCUUUUAAAACAUACAGGAAUCCAAACUGCAAGUCCAGCAUCUUGGAAUAUAACUGAUAUACCAGCGGUUUAUGAUAGCAAAUUUCAAGUACAAUUGAACUGUUGGUAUAACUGUACGAAUAAGAUCAAUGCACGUCUUGACGAUGCUAUAAAUUAUCGACGAAAACAAAUGAAUAUGGAGCUGCAGUUUUUGAAAGAUGAUUUCGACUUUGAUCUUCAAGAGUUUACGCUUCAAAAUAGUGACAAAACAGUAUCAGGUUGCAUACGAUGGAUUCCGAAAUUAAUUGCAAAUGAUGAACGGUAUCGAAAUAAAAUUCAUGAAAUAGAUAACUAUCAAAAUUUGUCACAUGUUCAACCGAUACCUUUGACGACAAAACGACUUCGGGAAGUUUCAAAAAUGAGUCCUACCAAACCAAGUACGAAAUUAGACGAUGAUUUUAAAGAAGAAGACGAAAACGAUGAAGAUCUCACACCACGAACUUUUCUGAACGGAAACGUCGAUGAAGAUAGCUUAGAUGAAACAAAUAAGGAAUACAUUGAAUUAUUUAAUAUCUAUAUUGAAGAUAAAAAAAAAUUAUUAAUCGACCAAUGUAUUUUGGGUGAUUUAACAACAAUAAAAGCUGAAUUAGAAAAACAAACAGAUAGUUUUAUAAAAGAUAAACCACUCAUCACAGAAAUUGAACCACUCAAAUAUCAAACACUUGAAAAAUUUAUUGAACAAAAUAUUACUCAUCAACGAAAUCAUUAUGAAAAAAAACCAAGCCCCAAAGCAGUCUCUGUUUUAGAUACAUUCAUUAAACAAUUGAAAGAGGAUUUUAAGACAAAUCAAAAAUUUACUGGUCUUCAUGCGAAACAUUUUGCAUUAGAUCUGUUGGAUAAAGUUAAUCAGAAUACAGUUACCACAAUUUCAACAUCAACUGGAUCAGGAAAAUCUACACUAUUACCAGCUCUACUUGCUGCAGAAGGUUAUGAUAAAAUUAUUGUUACACAACCUCGACGUUUACCUUGUACAUUAAUUUGUCAACGGGUUAAUGAAACAAUGACAUCAGUAAAAGAUCCUUUUUCAGAGAAAUUAGCCGGAUGGGCUGUUAGUGGUGCUGAAAGAAAUCCAAGAGCUAAAAUUUUAUAUGUGACUGAUGGCCUACUCAAAGAACGUUUACUUUAUGAUGAAAAUUUCAUUACACAUAACACUCAAUUAAACAAAUCGAUUAUAUUCUUCAUCGACGAAGUUCACGAAAGAUCCGUAAAUAUUGAUCAUUGUUUAGCAUUAUUAGCACGAAUGUUAUCUAUUAAUCCGGCAUUAAAAUCAAAAAUGAAAAUAAUUAUUUCAUCUGCUACACUUGAUUCAUCUGUACCUGAUCUUUUUCGUAAAAUAAAACAAGUCUCAUUAACUGAAUUUGUGAUGCCACAGAUGGGUACCAUACAUCCUAUAACUAAAUAUUCUCGUAAAAAUGAGAAUAUAUUAAAUAUUGUACAAGAAUUAUAUCAAAAACGUCGACGACAUGAUCAAAUUUUAUGUUUUGUUAGUUCUGUCAAAGAUGUUAAUGAAUGUUGUUCAUUAUUGAAAACAAUAACUGGUGGUGUUAUUAUUGCUUAUCCUCUUAUUCAAUCACAACAAGCUUCUACACAAAAAGAAUAUAUUGAAAAUGGAAGUGUAUUUUUUUCGACCACAGUUGCCGAAACGUCAUUAACAUUUCCUCAGUUAAGAUAUGUUAUCGAUACGGGUAUGAUUAAUAUACCCGUUUAUGAUCCAGAAUCUAAACGAACUGUACUCCAAGAAGAUCGAGCAGCAGAGUCCACAAUAAAACAACGUCUUGGACGUUUGGGUCGAACACAACCUGGAGAAUAUUAUUCGUUGUACGAUUUUGAAGUAGAAGAAAAAAAAUAUCCAACACCACAAAUAUGUCAAUCAGAUUUGACUAAUAUUGAGUUUGCAUUAAGAAAAUCACCAUUGAAACAAGGAUUACACCAUAUGAAACAGUUCUUUCCAGAUUCUCCACCAAAUAAAACAAUUGAUCAAACUGUUAAAACAUUACGACUAUUAGGCAUUUUGAAAGCUGCUCCAAGUGAAGAUUUCACAAAGCAUGGUGAAGCUCUUGCUAAACUACCCGAUUUUGGUUCAUUAGCAAUGUCAAAAUGUAUACUGUCUGCUCUUCAGAACAAUUCUUGUGGACGAGACCUUAUCUAUCUUUCGUCUAUUUUAAGCGUUCUUAAUACUAGUGCUUUAUUGAAAUCAAUACCAGAACAUCUCAAAAGUUCAGAUGGGGAUUUUAUGACAUUGUUUAAUGUAAUGCGAGAAAUUUUACUUGUUAAACAAUCAGUCCCAGACAAUCAAUUUAAUUUACAAUAUGUUUGCCAAGUAAAAGGUCUCAGUGCUAUUCAUCAUAUUCUUCGACAAGCGUUAAGACGAUAUGUCAGUUUAGAAAGAUCUUUUAAUUCAUUAGUUGAAUAUCGUGCACAAUCACAAAUUACAUCUGGUGAUUGGCCAUCAAUCGCUAAAUCAUUAUUAGCUGGAUAUUACGAAAACGUUUUUGUUUCAUUAAAAGAAAUAUAUGGAAGAAAUCACCAUUAUGUUCGAUAUGACUCAACUAAUGAAAAUAUUGCUGUCUUAGAUUCACAAUCGACUCUUGCUCGACAUAGAAGUAUGUCGCCUGUUCCUCUAGUUUUGGCAAGAGAUAUUCGUUAUGCGUCGUCAAUUCGUUCGAGAGCUGUUCUUUCAUUUCUCGGUGAACUUCAACCGGAAUGGAUUGAAUAUCAGGUUCAACGAAAUAUUGUUUUAAAUGAAAAGGAAGCAGCGUAUCUUACAAAUAAAUAUAUAUUACCAACAGCAAAAACCAACUUUCAUUCAAUUGAUAUUCAAUUAAUUUCGGAUACACUAUCAAUAGAAGGUAAAGCUGGUACCUCUCUUAAAGCUGAGUUAUAUAUUCGACAGCAAUUGACAGUUGAACAACCUGAGUUUGAAUUAGAAAAUCGUUUUGAUCCAGAUACAGAAGAAUAUAAAAAUUUAUCACGAAAUUUAGAAAGUGUAAUGAAAAUGCCACAUAUAUUUAAACCAAUGAUUUGGCGUUGGGAAGCGGAAAGACAAGCUAAAAUAACUGUUAAUCCGAAUACGUCAACAAAGAAUAUUACAGUAAAGAUUAUUGCUAGAGAUUCGGAUUAUGAAAAUAUUAAAAAGGAAUUCAAAUCAUUUGUGCGAUGGUUAGGAUAUUGCGCUGUUAUGCGACGUCCGAAUUCAGGCGUUCCUCCACGAGUUUUUCGUCCUCAAGUGCGUGCACAAUAUCAUGAUAUUGAAGAACGAAUUUCUCAUAUUACCGACACUAAACGAACACUUAUAGACUUAUACAAAAGUGUGAAAGGUCAAAAUGCGACUCGUGAAACUCGAAUGGAAGUUGUCGCUUGGAUAGCUGUUUGUAAAUUUUCUUGCAAAGUUGAAGGUGGUUUUGUACGUGAUUGGGUUGUUGGUGCUUAUACAUCGAGACCAGCUGAUCCUUCGCUAAAACCAAAAGACUGGAUUGAAAGUAUGAGUCCCGUACCAUCGAUUAACAAAGAAGUCGUUCCAACAGAUAUAGAUUGCCAUUUGUCAACGCAUGCUGAUUUUAAUAUUGAGAAAUUUCAAGAUGAAUUAUACAAAUAUCAUAUGACAUGCCAAGUAUUUCGAGAAGACUGGAGAUAUGUAUUGUUAAUUGAUGAAGAUGCUCCAACAGGUCCAUUUACAGUAGAUUUAAUUGAACCACACGUAGCAUUAACACAUGAUCGUAUUGAUUUCGAUGUGAACAAUUUAUCAUUAGAAAAAGGUUACACACAUGAAUUAGGAAUGCGUGUUGAUAUUCAACAAAGACCAUAUUUAAUCGAACUUGAAACAAUUGUUGAUAAUAUUAAAAAUAAAAAACUUCAAGUUCUUCGUCCAGUUGAUCCUACUCUUAAAAUGCGUAUUGAUAAAAUGAUAAAUAUUCGUGGUUGGACACAAUUAGGACAGCCAUUCUUAAUUAUACCAAAUCCAGAUUCAAAAUAUUGGUCUGUUCUAGUACAUUUACCAUCAUCCGACAGAUUAUAUAAAGAUGUAGAACAACAAAUGAAUAAUAUAGGAUAUCAAGUAAAUAUUAUAUCGAUUGAACAGAUAAAAAAUCCACUUUUAGAAGAUCAAUAUGAAGCAUUAAAAAAAAUUAUUGCUAAACAAUGUUCAGGAUUUGAUCCAAAUGAACGUGAACUUUUUCAUGGCACAAGUGGAGAAGGAAUUGAUGGUAUACGAGAUCAUGGUUUCGAUGAUCGUUAUUUUAGUAAAGAGGGAAAUUGGGGUCAUGGUGCAUAUUUUGCUGACGAUCCUGCAAAGUCGCAUCAGUAUACAGUUACUGAUCUAAACGAUGAUACACGUGUUAUAUAUUACACUAAAGUUGUAUUGGGCAAUGUAUCACAUCAAUCAGCACCGAGUACAGAAUUGGUGUCGGCACCACUGCCGUAUCAUUCAGUUGUAGGAAAAUUAAAUGGAUUCACUGAAUAUAUCGUUUAUCGAUAUGGUCAAGCUUUGCCUUACUUGAAAAUCACUUAUACAGCUUAG